AAGAAUUAAAAGAUAUGAAAUACAUUCUGACUGAGGAGCAUGUUCCCAUCCCUGAGAAGAUUGAAAUUACAACCAAAUCCAAAUAAGUCAAAGUAAAAGGACCAAGAGGUGAAUUGACCAAAAAUUUUAGACAUGCUGCUUUAGAUAUCUAAGUGUAAAAGAAGGUAAAUAAGAAAACCAAUUCUUCCAAAUCUAGAGUCAGCGUUAGAAUGUGGCAAUCAUAUAGAAAAUAGAGAUGCCAAGUUAAUUCAGUUGCCUCUUCAAUCAAAAAUAUGAUCAGAGGUGUGACCACUGGUUAUAAAUUCAAGAUGGUGUUGGCAUACGCUCACUUUCCAAUCAUUAUCAAUCUCUUAGAUAAAGGUUUUGGUAUUGAAAUUAAGAAUUUCCUUGGUGAAAAGAUCAUCAGAACAAUUAAAUGCCUUCCAGGAGUCACAAUCACAAGAAAUGAAUAGGAAGAAAAGAAUGUCCUAACACUCUAAGGUAAUGAUUUGAAUAAUGUUUCACUGACCUGUGCACUUAUUCAUUAAGCUUGUGCUGUUAAAAAUAAGGAUAUCAGACAAUUCUUGGAUGGUAUAUAUGUAAGUGAAAAGCGUCUAGAAAUUUGAUAAAUUUAUAUUUAGAUAUAAGUACAAUAAUAUUUAUAUGUGUUUAAUAAUUACUCAAUAA